UUUUUUAAAAGCCCUCAUAAGACAACCGCGGCAUAUCAAAGAGCAUUUGGCAGGCAGUGCCAAAGUGUGGCUUUGACCCAGGAGGCGUGUACACGGCGAGAGUGAAUGCAAUGGCUUGUAAGAACAUGCAUCAAUGUACAUUUACAGGGGGCAUCGGUCUCAUGAAAUGUGCAGCCUCAGCUGAAUGCGGUCAAUUGGCUCCCAUCAAACCACCUCGUAGUGUCCGCCCAUCCUCCGCCCACACCCCUCUCGUGCUCUCUCUCUUUUUUCUCUGUGCACCUCGAGUUUCGGUAGCGGUACUCUUGAGCAUCCCUGCCGCUGCUAUAAAUAUCUGCCGGUUGCAGUAGAGCGGCGGCAACAGCAGGCAGGCCAAAGGGAGGUGCUGGAGACCGGACCAGAGGACAGCACAGGACAGGUGGAGGAGAUGAUAACGAGCGCGCCAAAAAGGUGGUAGAUGAUUCGUUUGCUCCCGGUCGCGUCGAGGAGGCGAAGUUGUUUUGACCUUUUUUUUUAGUUGUUGGCCUGUGGUAGACUUUGGGAGUCGUCCAAUCAGGCUGUUAUGGACUCAAUUCAAACGGGACUGCCCAUGGCUGAUGCUGGAUUCCCAUGAAGACUUGAGUUGAGAAUGGAGCUGCGCUUGUACUAAGCCGGCAUCUGCUUUCCCCGGACUUAAACCCGACCCGCGGGAGCCGGCCCUCAUUCGCUUUCGUAGAGACAUGCGAGCCGGGGUGGGUUUGAGAUGUCAUGCUCCUGUGUUGCUGGUGGUGCCUGAGGUCUGAAGCGGUAGAGUUGGACAGCAGGAGGGUGGACCCCCGCGCGCUGAACUGUGAGGCCGGCGCCUCCACCGCCAUCGCAGCCGUUUCCCUCGACCAGUGGGAGCCCCAAACGAGCGACGCUGCCUCGCAGCCCUCUCAGAGCGUGAAGAAUUCAACCUUCAGCCUACCCUCCUACCACACCUACAGCAACAGCUACGACUACUCGGAGCAAAGUCGCCAGAGUGAGCACGCGGGCCUCUGUGGACUGUCGAACCUCGGCAACACUUGCUUCAUGAACUCCGCUGUGCAGUGUUUGAGCAAUAUCCCUCCCCUGACGGACUACUUCCUCAAAGACAAGUACACGAGUGAGCUGAACGAGGACAAUCCGCUGGGCAUGAAGGGAGAGAUUGCCAGAGCCUACGCCGAGCUUAUAAAGCAACUGUGGUCCUGCAAAUACCGCUACGUCACGCCAAGGCCUUUCAAGACCGAAGUGGGCCGCUUUGCCCCUCAAUUCUCAGGCUACCAGCAGCAGGAUUCUCACGAGCUGCUGGCCUUUCUCCUGGACGGUCUUCACGAGGACUUGAACCGCAUCAGGAAGAAGCCGUACAUCCAACUCAAGGAUGCCAACGGCCGGCCCGAUAAGGUGGUGGCCGAGGAGGCUUGGGAGAACCACAUCAAGAGGAACGACUCCAUAAUCGUGGACAUCUUUCAUGGCCUUUUUAAGUCCACCUUGGUUUGUCCUGUGUGCUCCAAGGUUUCUGUGACUUUUGACCCUUUCUGUUACUUGACGCUGCCUCUCCCCAUGAAGAAGGAGCGCACACUUGAGGUUUAUCUAGUCAGACUGGAUCCUCUGGCCAAACCCACACAGUACAAACUGACCGUGCCAAAGGUGGGCUACAUCUCUGACCUGUGUACCUCCCUCUCCACUUUGUCUGGGGUUCCCGCUGAGAAGAUGAUCGUAACAGACAUCUACAGACACCGUUUCCACCGGAUCUUUGCCACCAACGACAACCUGACCAGCAUCAUGGAGAGCGACGAUAUCUACGUGUUUGAAGUCGCCGUCAACAGAGUGGAGGACACGGACCACGUUGUGAUUCCCGUGCACCUGAAGGAAAAACAGUCGGGAUACAACCAGAGCAACACGCCACUGUUUGGACAGCCUUUCCUCAUCGCCGUGCCGAGGACGCUCAACGAGGACAAACUCUACAACAUGCUGCUCCUGCGCCUUUGCCGGUUUGUGAGAUCCACUCUCGCAGAAGAUGACCACGACUGCGGAGACACCCAGUCAAGCAAACAACACGCGGUCAACGGCAAUGCUACCAACGGCGUAUUAGAGGAGGGGUCCCCAAGCGCGAUGGAAACCGAUGAGCAGGACGACGAGUCCAGUCAGGAUCAAGAGCUGCCCUCCGAGAACGAGCACAGCCAGUCCGAGGACUCGGUGGGCGGGGACAACGAGCUGGAGAACGGCAUGGUGACCUCGCAGAACUCCACCAAAGGCCAGCAGAGCGGCGGGCACGGCAAAAAGAGACUUUUCACAUUCCAGCUCAACAACACGGAAAAGACGGACUUCUCGCUCACCAAGGAGGACGCCAGACAGAUCCGCUUCGAUGACGGACACUUACGGCUCAAUGAACGGUCUUAUCUCUCUUUGGAUUGGGAACCCGAGAUGAAGAAAAAGUACUUUGACAGCAUGGUUGUUGAGGACUUUGACAGGCACGAGAGCAUGGAGUACAAACCCCAGAAAAAGGCCUACUUCAAGCUAAAGGACUGCAUCGAACUGUUCACCACCAAGGAGAAGCUGGGAGCCGAGGACCCUUGGUACUGCCCAAACUGUAAGCAGCACCAGCAGGCCACAAAGAAGCUGGACUUGUGGUCUCUGCCUCCAGUGCUUGUGGUCCAUCUGAAAAGAUUCUCCUACAGUCGCUACAUGAGGGAUAAGCUGGACUCCCUCGUUGACUUCCCGCUCAGCGAUCUGGACAUGUCGGAGUUCCUGAUUAACCCCAACAGCGGACCGUGUCGUUACGACCUCAUCGCCGUGUCCAACCACUACGGCGGCAUGGGCGGGGGCCACUAUACCGCUUACGCCAAGAACGCAGAUGAUGGAAAGUGGUACAACUUUGAUGACAGCAGCGUGUCGCCUGCCAGCGAGAAUCAAAUCGUGUCCAAAGCGGGCUACGUGCUCUUCUACCAGCGCCAGGAUACCGUCAAAGGCACCGGCUACUUCGCUCUUGACCGGGAGGAAGAGGAGGAGGAGGAGGAUGAUGAUGAAGAGGAGGAGGAGGAAGAAGAAGAAGUGGAGGCCGACGAGGAGAAUGAAGGGAGACGGAGCACUUCCUCAGUUCGGGGCGCAGCCUCUCCUGCUGCCGCAGCGAGCGACGACCCCAACGAGAACCGGUGCGGUAAGAGCGACAAUGAGUCGGAAAACGAGGAGGGAGAGGAUGUGGCCGGUCGGGAUGUUACCAUGAGCACCAACUGACAAGCGAUGUCGCAAACGAGCGGAGCGGGCGAGAAGACCCGAGAGAGAUAGGAAUCUUUCCAUCCAAAGCCAUAUGGACGCACAGCGUGGCAAGCCGGCGCCAUCGGGCCCACCCGGGCGUUCGCCAGGUGGAGCCAAAGUCGGCGCGGUGUUAGCGGUACGCUGAGAAUUCGGAGCCCUCGUUUGUGGCCGAAUCACUGUUUGUGUGUGCGCGUGAGUGCGUGUCACCUGUUGCUUUUGUGUAUCUCAAGGAGUUUGCGGCCGUUUGGAUUGGGAUUCCCAUGGCGAGUGUUUUAUAUCUCAGAGAGAGUUCGAGUUACGAUUUUAGUAUGUUUAGUUUGUACAUAUUUUAAAACACUCAGCAGUCUGUUGUCAUUCUGCGCUGAGGCGUCGUGAACUUGCACAGUCACCAACGAUCCACUUUUUUUUCUUUCUUUUUUUUUUUUUUUGUUAAAUAUUGCCAAACACUGCAGUAGUUCAGAGAUGAAUGUGAAGUGACUUUUCUCUGAUAAACCCCAACAUGUCUGUCUUGGUCACACAUCUCAAGUCUGGACGCUUUGUUGAUUUUUUUUAUUUUUUAUUUUUAGUUAUUUAUUUUUAAAAAAAAAUGUUGAUCAUUAAAUGCCAAACUUGUGAAGAGCUUUGGUCUGCUGCUCUUUUGCUGUGACCUUGGUUUCAUGUCCAGCUUUCUUUGGCGCCCUCUGUUGGCCGUUUAUCACCUAUCUCCCCCCCACCCCCCCAUCUUUUGUGCUCAAUUAAGACCUUCCAAAAUGAGGUGCCAUAAGAUCUCCAAAUCAUUGAGGAAUGGUGUCUUUAAUAGCCUGCUAUGCAUUUUAGCAUGAGCUCCAUCUUCUUAGAUAAUGACAAAAGUGUGUACUCAGCCUUAACUCUUAAAUUUCACACACUUCUCCCCCCUGCCUGCCCCCCCCUUUUUUUUUUUUUUUGCAUGGGCCCUUUAAACACUCUUGAAUGUCAACAUAGUUUAAGGUCUGCUUGCCAUAUCACAGCCACAUUUUCUCCUUUUUUUAUUUACUGGUAAUUUUAUUUUUUUUUUGUAAUCUACACAAGGGCCAGAAUGUAUGCACAGUGAGCACUGACCACACGUAUGUGAUUGCCUUUUUUUUUUCCUCUUUAGAUUUUCAAAAGGGCCUCAUUUUUGUUGUUUUUCUUUUCCGGUUUGGUUGAAUGUGAAGGUGACGGCGUCUCCCGCCUUUUGGCUGAAUGCGUCCCUCUCCAUGAAGGGUGACACGUUUCUUGUUGCGCUCCUUAGUUGAAGUUUGAGGGUGAGUUCGGGCUAAAAAGACCCUUUCAGCAUUCGGAAUCACGAUCAAGUUGAGUUCUUUUGUGGGAGAUUGUUGCAGGAUAUUUCUCCACUGGUGAUGGAUUUAUUCUCCAUGGUGGAGUGUGGCUAUUUUUUUUUUCUCAGCUGACGGCCCUUUACUUUUUUUUUUUUUUUCAAAAGCAUCUCCGUGCUUCUUGCCUUGCUUUUCAAAAGAGACCGCUGCAAUGGACUUGUACUGUACAUAAGAGUUCACUCUAUGAGUGCAGAUUUGAUAAUUUUAUUUAUAUGUAAGGAUUUAAUAAGGAAGCAUAUUUAAAAUCCUGGCAAGAGCGGAGAGAUUGGGAACGGACACGGUGAGCUAGUGGUGCCUGUGCUCUUGUCACGGAGGGAUUUUUGUUUUUGUUUUUUUUAAAUAAAAGGAUAGCUCUGUUGUUUUUGGGACUUUGUUUUGUACAAAAGAAAUAAUCCAGUCAUCCGUUGCAUGAUAAGGGGUUUCCAGGUUUGGCUGCACUUGAGUUCACUUGGGUUUACAUUUUUGAAAUGUACACGUGUAUUUAUACACAAUCUUCAAUAAAGUUGUGGAAAGUUU